AUGGACAAGAAAAGAAAGAAGGCGCAGUCCCUCAAGGACUCCCGCGCUGCUAAGCUGAGAGUAUCAUUUGCUUCGCAAGUUCACACCGCCGAGUCUCGUAACCCACUGUCACCGAGAGAAUCGUCGAUUGCCCUCAGAGCUGCCAUUCAGUCUUCGCUCACAGCCCAGGCACCAGUUUCCGCUGCUCCUGACGCCGACUUCUCUCGAAUGCCAGCGCAUCCGUCUCCUGACACAGCCGGUCCUCCUCCCGGUGUAGCCAACCUUUCUUCCGAUGCAGUCGAUCCUCCUGCUGGUACAGCCGCGCCUUCUCCUCAUGCAGCGCAAUUGCCUCGUACACCAGCCUGCCCUCCUCUUGAUCACCACCACGACGCAAUCAACAACGAUCGCAAACCGAUUGUGGUCAUCGUGGGCCUUGACGGUUGGACCCGCAACACAGAGAGACUCUACCACCUUCUCAAGACAUACCACGAAAGAUACGGUCUCCUCAGUCUCAUCAUCUCCGAGCUCCAAACGAAUCAAAGCUACGAUGCCGGAAAGGACAUUUGCACAGAGGAUGGCGGAAUGCCAUCAAGCCCUCGCGUAUAUGCAAAGUCCAGCAGUCUGAGAUACGUGGGCCACGAUGGAGGUAUUCGCAAUGAUGUGAUUAUGGGACGCUUGCUCGAAUACAUGGCCGACAAGCGUGUCGAGGUCACUCAGUCAUCGGAGUACAGAAGGUCACAUGGAGCCAAAACAACCCGUGGGAACAGAGGGAGUGGGCGCACAAGAGGGGAAGAGGACGAGCAGGAAGGAGAAGAAGAUCAUGACGACGAACAAGAAGUGGACUAA